AUGGUUGCCGGACCGAGGACUGACAAGCCUGUCCCUGGAGUACGUGAGGUCCUCGUCCAGCUCAAAGCAGCUGCGCUGAACCAUCGCGAUCUCUUCGUUAGACAAUAUCAGUAUGCUGCCAUAUCACUCGACCAUUCCAUGUUGUCGGACGGUUAUGGAGCCGUUACUGAAACUAGGCAAGGUGAUUCUGAUACCUUCAUACCGGGGGAAAACGUCCUCCUGACUCCCAUACUCUACUACGCAGGCACAGCACGAGGCUAUGACGGUGUUCGCAAGGACGAGGUUUCUCCUACACCAAAACACCUGUCUGCCACAGAGGGCGCAGCUCUACCACUGGUAGGACUUACACCAUGGCGGGCACUCGUUACCAAAGCUGCUGUCCAGGCAGGAUAG